GCGGGCCGGUCCGGACGGCAGCGAGCUCGCCGCCCUGCAGUGAGCGCGCGGUGGCGCCAGCGUGCGCGGUAGUCCUCACGGGAGGACGACGGAAGGACGAGAGGAGCCGCGCUGCAGAACUGAGCAAAACUGGAGAGAAGCAAACCAGGAUGACUCCGGUCCUUAUUUUCACAUUACUGAUUGGAUGCUCAGGUGCGAACCGGAUACGACACUGGGCUCACGCCGGCUCAGCGGCGGACGGUCCCGACCACGGCCUGCACAGCGUCACCGUCAACAGCACCAUGACCAACGUGACGGCCCAGCUGGGCUCGUCCACCUUCUUGCACUGCAAGCAGCCGGUCACUCACAACGACCCACCCGAGGUCUCGUGGCUGCGCCGCCGCGAUUGGCAUCUGCUCACCACGGGCAAGACAGUCUUCACCAGCGACGAGCGCUUCCAGAUUCGCCACGCCCGGGCGGAAAAUGACUGGGUGCUCAAGAUCAGCUUCGCACAGCUGCGCGAUCAGGGGCUGUACGAGUGUCAGAUAUCCACCGACACGGGCAAGAGAUCAUACUUCGUCAACCUGCACGUACAGGAGCCGGUGGCCACGAUCGAGGGCACAGGCCUGUUCCACGUGGAGCGCGGCUCAACCAUCAGUCUCGUCUGCGUCAUCAGAAAGGCCCUGAUACCUCCGACGUAUGUACGCUGGCACCACAAUGACAAAGCACUGAACCUUUACAAGCUUCGAAGUGAUAUACAGGUGAGCCUGGAGCGCGGACCCCAGGAGACAAAGAGCACUUUGAACAUCACGGACGCGCGCGACACGGACAGCGGCAACUACACGUGCUCGGCCGACAACAGUCGACCGGCGAGCGUGCGCGCGUUCGUCUCAGAAGGCGACAAGAUGGCGGCCAUCCAGCGGCGGAAAGGCGGCAGCGCCGCCUCCUGGUUGGGCGGCAGCGUCACGUUGCUGGUGUUGCUGGCGCUGCUGGUGCAGGCCGUCAGGUCGAGGGCGGCGCAGUGA